AGCAGCAGGAGGAUGGAGACGGUGACUGGCUGAACAAUGUGUAGCAGAGAUCCUGAGCAGUCAUGAGUGUCAGACAUGCUGCCUGGAGACCAUUUACCUGUGGACGACAAGGACGACCAGGGCAAGCAGACUAAAGGUUGUGUGUCUUUAGAGGAAAUCCUUCCAGUGCGUGAGCCUGUGUGCAGGGGAAAUACCGUCCCCACUGACCUCAUCAUCACUCAGCCUGUUGCUGCCUCACAGGGGGCAGUGGAGCUCACGUCAACUUCCUGCCCACAAUGUGGCCUCACAGUCCCAGACCAAAGACUCCUGGCGGUUCCCCGGGGCCAGAGCAAACCGCAGGACUCUACUUCAUCAGUGUACACCAACAGCAGCAGGAAGAGCAGGAAGAGCAGAAGUACACACACACCUGCAGCCACACCAAGUGACUCUUGUUUCCAGCUGUUGCUGGCCUGCCUGUCGUGUCAGUGCUCUGUCGUGCUCUUGAGCCUGUUGGAGGCCUGCUCCUCCUGCCUGAACACCCUCUGCUCCUCCUGCUGUAACGCCUGCAACCGCUGCUGCUCCGCUGUCCAGGAGGCGCCCAUGGAGGAGUUCAACUGCCACACGCACUGCCACUCGGUCCUGUUCGAGUCCUGCUGCGAGCCAACGGAGUGUCUCGAGUUUUGUGUGGACUGCUGUGAGAUCUGCCAUCGCACGUAGGAGACAGUAGACGGUAGUCAGGCCUGAGGAUUGACUAAGGAAAAGGAGGGAAAAAGGAAAGGAUCUUUAUUGUCAUUAUAGCUACAACUGAAAGUACAAGGUCAGGUGGAGCGUUGAUCAGACUGAGCGCGCCGCCAACAAGCCAACUCCACACAAAGAGGUCCCAGACAGGGAAUUGAAUCCAGCACCUUCAUGCUGUGAGGCGAAAGCGCCAACCGCCAUGCCACAUUAUCAACUCAUCCAUGGAGCAAGAACAACAUGUGAUUCACAAGUUCCAUAAGGAUGUUGCUUCUGCCCACAUGUCAUCCUGUGUGGAUCCUGUGUUGUGACCUUCACAUUCUAUGUUUUGCUGCUAAUUUCCUACUUACUUACCCACAGGAUUAAGGGGCGAUUCAACUUCAGUGAAGGGAACAUUCAUGUCACACUUUGAUUCACUUUCCGAGACAUAAAUAAGAAGAAACUGGAACAUGAGCUAAGGGGCCAUUAGCCUAUGUUAGCAUAAUUACAUUACAUUACAUGUCAUUUAGCAGACUCUUUUAUCCAAAGC